GUUUCCAUAUCCCCUCCAAAUCUCACCCCAACUUUCUCAUUUUCUUUCGAUAUAAAUACCCUUCCCAUUUCCAAGUUUCCAUAUCCCCUCACCCCAACUUUCUCAACCUUUUCCUUCCUCAUUCCCAAGUUAUCUUAGCUGACAGCAACACCAAGAAACUCUUUCUUGAAAACAAGCACCUUCUUCUGUACUGAUUUUCCAACAGCAAUGGAGAUUCAAGAACACCGAUGUGAUUCGUUGUCCGAAACAGAAAGCACAGGAGUUGGCCAUAGCGGUCCGUUAAGCGGACCCCUAGUGACCAACAAGAGGAACAACAGCAGCAAAAGAAGUGCAAGGUUCAAAGGCAGCGAUCAAGAAGAAUGCUACGUUGAAAUCACAUUGGAUGUUCGCGACGACACCGUGUUGGUGCACAACAUCAGAGGAGGCGACUCUGAGACUGCAAUGCUAGCGAGCAAGCUAGAGAGAAGGCCUUCAUCGCUGUCUCUUGGCUCCCAACUCUCGUUCAGAUUGAGACAAGUGUCCCAGGAACUGAAGCGCAUGACAUCUUCCAAGAGCUUCAAGAGGGUAGAUAGGACCAAGUCCGGGGCUGCUCGUGCACUCAAGGGGCUCAAAUUCAUGACCAAAAAUGUGGGCAGCGAAGGCUGGUCAGAAAUCGAAACAAGGUUUGAUGAAUUGGCUGUCGAUGGCACUCUUCCUAAGUUGCGGUUUGCUCAAGUUUGUCAGCCUCCAUCUAGCGAACAAAGUGGCCUUCUAAGAGCUGAUAUUGCACCCGGCAAUGUGAAACUUAGCAGGAUGCCAAGACUCCUAAUUGAUGGUCCCUAUGGUGCUCCAGCACAAGACUACAAAGAGUACGAAGUCCUUCUACUUGUGGGCCUAGGAAUUGGGGCCACUCCUCUGAUUAGCAUAGUCAAAGAUGUGCUUACCAACAUUAAGCAACAAAAGGAAACAGAAGAUCAUCAAGGGAAUAAGGUAGAGAAUAAUGGUGCUAACAAAGACAACAAAGACAACAAAAGAAAGUCUUUUGUCACCAAACGAGUUUACUUCUAUUGGAUCACAAGAGAGCAAGGCUCGUUUGAGUGGUUUAGGGAUGUGAUGGAUGAGGUGGCUGAAAAUGACAAAGAUGGUGUCAUCGAGCUCCACAACUACUGCACAAGUGUGUAUGAAGAAGGAGAUGCUCGAUCAGCCCUAAUUACAAUGCUUCAAUCUCUUAACCAUGCCAAAAAUGGCGUCGAUAUAGUUUCGGGUACUAGGGUUAAGACGCAUUUUGCUAGACCAAAUUGGCGCAACGUUUUUAAGCAUGUAACUGUUAAGCACAUGAAUCAACGAGUUGGAGUAUUUUACUGUGGUGCACAUGGAUUAGUCGGAGAGUUAAGGAGGCUUUCUCAAGACUUUUCCCGGAAAACUGAGACCAAGUUUGAUUUCCAUAAAGAAAAUUUUUGAAAACCUAAUGAUCUCAGAUUCAUACAAAUGCUAUGACUUUAUUCCAUUAAUUUUAAUUUUCCACUUGUACAGUUGCAAACUCGAAUAUAUAUCAACAAGGUUUUAGUUCCUGCUUGACUGAUGAA